UGUAAUUCGUAUAGUUCGUUGACUACUUCGGAUAGGCUUGUUAGUUACGCAGCUUCUUCCUCAAAAUGUGACAGUGGCUUGAGAAAUAAAUGGUACCGCUUUGUUGAAAAGGCUGGGACAUCCAUGCCAGAGAUCUGUCCUCCCAGACGCCGUUGCAGCGCCAAUGCUCCUGGUUGGUUAAACGGAAAGCACCCAACAGUUGAAGAAGGAGAGGUAACGAGGACUGUAUGCUUCCAAUACGGUGCCUCAUGUUGCCGCUGGAGUAAAGAUGUCAAAGUUUUUAACUGCUCCGGUUUCUACGUUUAUAAGCUGCCAAAUGUUCCAGGGUGUUAUUUGCGAUACUGUGGCAAAUCCCAUGGUUAG